UUCAAGUGAUGCCAACCGCGACUCCUUUUUAGACUGUAAACAACGGGGGUGCACGUGCGAGCGCACCUAACACACGAAAAUGCGUAUUGAAUCGUGUUACUUUUGCUCCUCGAGGAUAUAUCCGGGACACGGGAUACAGUUUGUCAGGAACGACUGCAAGAUCUUCAAAUUUUGCCGAUCAAAAUGCCAUGCGGCGUUCAAAAAGAAGAAGAACCCACGUAAAGUUAAAUGGACUAAAGCGUACAGGAAAACUGUCGGCAAGGAGUUGGCUAUUGAUCCGUCGUUUGAAUUUGAAAAGCGUAGGAACAUACCGAUGAAAUACGACAGACAGACAUGGAAUAAGGCUAUUGAAGCUAUGAAGAAGGUGGAAAUUAUCAAACAGAAGAGACAGAGGAACUAUGUGAUGCAGCGUCUCCGCAAGGGCAGAGAACUGGAACAAGAAAGAGAUGUCAAGGAAGUACAAAGGGACUUGUCGCUUAUUAAAUCACCUGCUGCUGGUCUUAAAGAAAGGAAACAGGACGAGAGUGUGAUGGAGGAUGAUGUGGAGGAAAUGGAAGGAAUUGUUGAGGACGGAGGCGAAGUUACCUUGUAAACUUUUUUCAAAAUUUAAUUUAUGUACCUAUAUUUUUUAAUAAAGUUGUUUACAAAAGC